AUGGAUGAUAAUAACGAUGUUUGUUUCCCAAUAGCUCCAUGUAAUAGAUUUCCGACACAAGUGAUUUAUUCAACUGGCACUAAACCGGCAUCUGUGGCAGCAGUCGAUGUCAAUGGAGACAGCAAACCCGAUAUUAUUGUCGCAAACUACGGUUCAGACAAUGUCGGUGUUCUCCUCAAUAAUGGCAAUGGCACGUUUGGUGCUCAAGUGACCUAUUCAACUGGCACUGACCCAUUUUCGGUGACAGCAGCUGAUAUCAAUGGAGACAGCAAACUCGAUAUUAUUGUCGCAAACUACGAUUCAAAUAACGUCGGUGUUCUCCUUAACAAUGGCAAUGGCACGUUUGCUGCUCAAGUGACCUAUUCAACUGGCACUGGCACUGGCCCGCAUUCGGUGACAGCAGUCGAUGUCAAUGGAGACAGCAUACUUGAUAUUAUUGUCGCAAACUACGGUUCAAACAACGUCGGUGUUUUUCUCAGCAAUGGUAAUGGCACGUUUGCUGCUCAAGUGACCUAUUCAACUGGCU